AAUUUGAAGAAAAAUGUCUUUCAGAGGAGGAGGUGGACGAGGUGGUGGAAGAGGGGGAGGAUUUAACCGAGGUGGAGGAGGCAGAGGAGGUUAUGGAGGAGGCAGAGGAGGAUAUGGAGGAGGCAGAGGUGGUGGAGGAUUCGGCAGAGGUGGUUUUAAUAGACAAGACUAUGGUCCUCCGGAAUAUGUUGUCGCACUGGGAGAGUUCUUGCAUCCAUGUGAAGAUGACAUUGUGUGCAAGUGUACAACAGAGGAAAACAAAGUUCCCUACUUCAACGCUCCAGUGUACUUGGAAAACAAGGAGCAGAUUGGGAAGGUGGAUGAGAUAUUCGGCCAGCUACGGGACUUUUAUUUUUCAGUCAAACUUUCUGAAAAUAUGAAGGCGUCUUCAUUUAAGAAACUUCAGAAGUUCUAUAUAGAUCCAAUGAAGCUCCUCCCACUGCAAAGAUUCCUCCCCAGGCCACCAGGAGAGAAGGGUCCCCCGAGAGGAGGCAGAGGUGGAGGAAGAGGUGGUGGACGUGGAGGGGGUUUUCGAGGUGGCAGGGGUGGAGGCGGCCGUGGUGGAGGAUUUGGAGGCGGCCGUGGUGGAGGAUUUGGAGGCGGCCGUGGCGGAGGAGGCUUCAGAGGAAGAGGCGGCGGUGGUGGACGUGGAUUCAGAGGUGGCAAAUGAUACGACAGUGAUGGUCUGGUGUGACUGUCUCAUCUCAGUCUUUUGCUACACAAGCAAAACGCUGCAUCAUAUGCCAGUAUUUGGCCUGUUGGACUCAGAAUAUGGACAUUGCCUCGAUUUGUAGAACUUGAAUGCAUUUUCUCUUUUUGUUUUAUUUUUUAUUUUUUUACCAGUUUUGAAUGUGUGAUGGAUCUUGAUGAUUUUUAUUUAAAAGGUUCAUAUGUAUGCUUGUGUGUAACAAGGACCAUUUUAGCCUGUUGGGGAUUAUUGGUUCCUUUUGUGAACAGGCAUGUCAUUAUUCUGUGCUGAUUGUAGGACAUGACAUGUUUGUACUUGUAAAUUUCAAGAGAUACAUUCACAAACCUCCAUGUGUUCAUUUCCUCAGGGGUGGAAAAAUGUGUGGGGAAUCGGCCUUUGUAUGUUGUUAGUUGAAAAUCUUUUAACACACAUCAUUUGUAAAAUCUUGAGCAGAAUAUUGUCACAUUUCUGUCAAAGGUCUCAAUUAAAAGGUGCUUUGUAA